UUACCCAUAGGCAUGGGAUUGCCCAGUCUGCGAGUCCAGUAACUGACCACACCCCCUCCCACCCCUUUGCCUCACCAACCUCCAAAUUUGCAGAAAGAGAAAAGCUACUUAAGGGUGGUUGGAGGUGAGGAAAAGCAAGAGUCCCUGAAAGAAUCAGCUCCAGAAACUGUCAGGAUUAUUGAGUUGAACUGGGGCUGAAGUUGGGACCACCUAGGAGAGAAAUCCAGGCCAAGGCCUCUACACUCGCCUGUCAGCAUGAAGCUCCUCCUGUUACUGCUCAUAGUGAUCAUGACCUUUGGCCCAAUUCAGGUCCAGGGGAAUCUUGCAAAUUUCUGGCAUAUGAUCCUUCUUAAGACAGGAAAGAGGGCUGAAACCAGUUAUGGCUUCUAUGGUUGCUACUGUGGCCUGGGUGGCAAAGGAACCCCCAAGGAUGCAACAGACAGGUGCUGUGCAGCUCAUGACUGUUGUUACUACCGUCUGGAUAAACGUGGAUGUGGCACGAAAUUUCUCACCUACAAGUUUUCCUUCCGAAGGGGCCAAAUCACCUGUGCCGCAAACCAGAGUUCCUGUAGGAAGCAGCUGUGUCAAUGUGAUAAAGUUGCCACUGAGUGUUUUGCUCGAAACAGGAAAAGCUAUAGCAUAAAGUACCAGUUUUAUCCCAACCGUUUGUGCCUUGGGAAGAGUCAGCGAUGUUGAGCGGCCCAGCUUCUGUGACAUCUUGACAUCCAGUGCUCUCUCCUAACACUUUCUCUCUUUACCCUAAACCAGUUCCCUGGUGAUUAAAAAAAAGGCACUCCUCUCCCAUUCUAGAGGCAAAGCAGGGACCUUCGGUCCCCACCCAGAAUGGGAAGCUUGAGCUGGUCUGACCACCCUCUUCUCCAUUACCCCAUUACCUUGAACUGUGAGACUUCCCCACCUCUGCUUUCCCCUUCACGUCCAACUUUGUGCUCAGCAAUCACAACAUCAGUCCUGGGAGACUCUUGUGAAUAAAGUAAUUUACCAGCAAA